UCCACAAAUCUAACCUCUCCUCUCUCUCUCCACCGAUCUCAAGCUCUCCGUCGCCGCCGUUCUCCUCCGUCCAUCGCCGCCGUUACGCCCCGUCUCUCUCCGCCGUUAUUCGCCUUCUUUCGCCGUGUUCCCUGAAGGCGCCGCCGCAAUUCGAAUUCAGAAUCUCUCCCGAUUCUUUGCAUCUAUUUACAUCACAAACUGUACCGUUAAAUAAAAUUGAUGGAUCUGAUUAAAGAUGCAUUUGAACGUGUUACGAAGAAACAAAAGCUGUCUAGCUCUAAAACUCAAGAGGUUCUUGACCUGAUUGACCAAGAAAUCAAGCAGACGGUGCAGAAAAUACAGUCAUGUAAUGAGUAUGAAUCUCAGGUUGACUUCAAAUCUACCAUUGCUGAACUCAAAAACAAGUUAAAAGACAUUGCGCCUCUCGGUCAGACCGAAAGCACCCAGAAGGAACUGAAUCAGGCAUUGAGCAAGUAUCCAAAGCUUUUAGAGAAAUCCUUCCAUCCUGAUAUAGCAAAGGCUUAUAGAAACGUUGAGUUUGAUGCUCAAACAGUUAAUGAGAUAAUAGGCAGUCAUUUCUAUAGGCAGGGCCUUUUUGAACUUGGAGACUGUUUUCUGAGUGAGGCUGGAGAACCAGAAUCCGCAGCUGCAAUGAAAUCUCAGUUCCAGGAGAUGUUUCAGAUAGUUGAAGCAAUGAAAUGUCAGAACCUAGAGCCAGCACUGAAGUGGGCCAUCACUAACUCUGAUAAACUGAAACCAAAUGGAUCAGACCUACUGCUGAAACUUCACAGCCUACAGUAUGUGGCUAUUUUGCAGAAGGGAGACAGAGAUGAAGCUCUUCAUUAUGCCAGAACUUAUCUUGCUCCUUUUGCUUCUGACCAUAUGGCUGAAAUUCAGAAGCUCAUGGUAUGUCUUUUAUACCCUGGAAAGCUUGAUACGUCACCGUACUUUCACCUAUUAUCCAAAGCGAAUUGGGACAAAGUUAUUGGGGAGCUAACUAGGCAGUUUUGCAAUAUUCUUGGCCAGUCUUAUGAGAGCCCAUUGAGCACGACCAUAGCUGCUGGGGUUCAGGGGUUGCCACCUCUUCUUAAGUUUAUGAAUGUAAUGGCUGGGAAGAGAAAUGAAUGGCAGAAUAUGGAGCAGUUGCCUGUGCCAGUGGAGUUGGACCGUGAGUUUCAGUUCCAUUCAGUUUUUGUUUGUCCGGUAUCCAAGGAACAAGCAACUGAUGAAAAUCCGCCCAUGUUGAUGUCAUGUGGACAUGUGCUCUGCAAGCAGUCUAUUACAAAGAUGUCAAAGAAUGGUACAAAAACCUUCAAAUGUCCUUACUGUCCUUCCGAUAUCGAUUCAGCACAAUGUAAGCAGCUCCAUUUCUGAUUGUAUCUCCAAAAUCUAGUUGCAAGUCCCUCAAACUUGUGAAGCAUAUGUAGCUUAUGUUUAUGUCAUGUAGCUCAACUGUGUUGUUAUCGUGGCAAAAGCUGGUUUGAGUCUAGUGUGCUGUUGAUCAAUCUCUUGGUUGUAAAUAGAAAUUCUUUCUACUAGCUGUUAGUGUAAGCAUUCCAGUUCCACUGUAAUCAAUGUAAAUGCAUGUUCUGGUUUCCCAAAA